AUGGCCUCCUCCACAGGAACCGCUGAGACGGAGCCUCUCAUCAACUCAAACCCGGGGCUGCAAUCUUACUAUGCAUCGCUUGAGUCCCGUAUCGGUUACCGCUUGGUUCUUGGGGGCACAAGGCACUUCGGCUAUUGGGACCACGACACCUACUUCCCUUUCCCCCUCAGCCGUGGCCUGCGGCGUAUGGAGGACAAGAUGGCCGAGGUCUUGAACCUGCCCAAAGGCUCGACAGUCUUGGAUGCCGGCUGUGGUUAUGGACAUGUCGCGUUGCAUCUCGCCCGCGAGCACGGCCUGAAGAUUGAGGCCUUUGACGUGGUCCAACGGCACGUCGACAGAGCUCGCAAGACCAUCAAGCGUUCAGGUCUGCCGCAGGGUACCGUGACCGUUAAUAGAAGAGAUUACCAUCAUCUCGAAGCACUGGAGGAUGAGUCCUUCGACGGUAUUUACACGAUGGAGACCCUGGUCCACGCUACGGACCCAGAAGCCGUCCUUGCAGGAUUCUACCGACUUUUGCGUCCCGGUGGCCAUAUCUCCCACUUUGAGUAUGACCAUCAAUUUUUGGAAGGGUCGCCCACAGAUAUGGUCGACAACAUGCGCAAGAUUAACGAAUUUGCCGCCAUGCCUACGAACGACCGGUCAAAUCCUGGCGUCUUCAAGCAGAUGCUAGAGGAUGCAGGCUUCGUAGACGUUCAGGUCCGAGAUUAUUCCGAGAACAUCCGUCCGCUGUGCCGCAUCUUCUUCUUGCUUGGCAUCAUCCCUUACAUUUUCAUCAAGGCUUUCGGAUUGGAAAGGCACUUUAUCAACACUGUCGCUGGCGUUGAAACGUAUCGCGGCAAGGGUCGUUGGCGGUAUGUUGCCAUUUCGGCCACCAAGCCAGGUGGUCCUCUCGAGGCUCCCAAGACUCGGUAA